GCAAUAUGCCAGCAUAACUAAAUAAAUAGGCACGUUUGCCGCGCUGUUGUUUAACGCUGAUUUUUCCACAUCAAUAUUGCGGCCUCGACUACGGCACACCACGGGGACUAGACGCAUAAAUUGCGUGUGUUUGUAUGUAUGUGUGUGUACUUUUCUGCUACUUUGAAAAGCAACACUGGCUUGCGCAUUUCAAACGAAAAACACGAAAUCAGCAGGCCGAUAUGUAAGCCAUACUUGUCGCAGACACAAUUACUUAAAGGCACCAACAACAACGACAGCAAAUACACAUUUAUUGACACCGCACUGCUGUGGCACGCAGAGUGCCAAUUGCAACACGUCGCGCCCAAAUAGAGUACACCUACACUCGGUUACUGUGCCACAGCGUCAGCAAAUCAUACCGAAACCGAAGGCAAAUAUUUGCCGACAAAGCGUGUGAAUUGCGUUGGUGCAACGUGUCGGCACGUUUACCCAUUACCUUUAUCAUACGGCAGCGGCAGCGAAAAUGUGAGUGUGUGUGUUUAGAGGCGCAUGUGUUUAUACAAGCCACACAUACAAACAUAAAUAUAUAUAUAGAUUGCCAUUCAUUUGGUAUGCAAAAAUUGUAGGGCGUAAAUUUUGUUAUGGCGCCGCACCAAACACUAUUGGCGUGCCGAUAACAAAGCGUGGCAGCACAGCUGCUUUCAACGUGUGUGUCUGCUGUAAAUAAAUAUGCGAUCGCUUGCACACAUAUACUCGCAUAUAUAAAUAUAUGGUUUAUAUAUCAUAAAUUAACGCGCAUCACAUUAUGUAAAUGAAUGUUUCAAUUGGCGUUUAUUAAUGUGUUUGUCUUCACACACGCACACAAUAUUUGUGUUGAUGCAACACAUUAGUGCCUGCGUGCAGCAUUGUGAACAGGCACCAAUACUAUUAUACGGUGAUAAAUCAAAGAUGAGCUGAAAUUCGAGAGUAUUCAACUAAACUCACCAAACAACAAAAAAAAUACAACAGCAAAAUGCUGAUCAGAACAAAUUACUAACAAAUCACACACAAAAACUGAUUAAUAGUUUUCCAAAUGCAAUACCAAUACAUGCACAACAAUGAAAAGUUAGUGUGGAAAUUGCGAAACAAAAGCAAAAAGUGAAAAAAAAAAUUUUAAAUUUAAGUGAAAUGAUGAAAAUAAAAAUUGGAAAAAGCAAACACCAAAAAAGUGAAAAAAAGUAAUUGCAAGUGACUUUUAAUAAAUCUUAAACCAACGCAAACUCCGCUGUAAAACGGAAAUAUCCGUUACACCACGCAAAGAUGACAACACACCGGUGUACCGGACACUUCAGCACACACGCCCACGCCCGCACAUGUCGCACGCCAUCAAUAUUCCGCCAGUAAACACAAAUGUCCGGGCAACGCGUCCGGACCUUCGACCAAACGUGACACAUGGCUAUGUACUAUUAUGCUAGUAAAAUAUCGGCAAUCGCUUGUGGUACACGUUGCAGACAAACAGUGUUACAGAAGUCGCGCGGACAACGUGAUCGCGAUAAAUAUGUCACGGCGGACGAUGACAACGGCGCUGGCGGCUGCGUGGGCGCCACUGCCGCCACUAUGGAUGAGCAUGGCAAUGUUGUUGUUGUCGCUGAUGGUGCCGCCAACGCUGGCAACGCAGGUAUGACCAUAUACACAACGGCGGCGGAGAGCGCUUUCGCGACGGCGACGCCCGGUGACGGUGUGCGUCAUCGCCGUAGGCACAGCGAACAAUUGGACGCGUACGAUUUGGAGUUGGGGUUUCAGAAGCUCGAGGUUUCAUUGGCAAAAUCAACAAAAAACACAUUCACCGGUUAUGGCGUCGGCAGCGCCAAUAUGGAUGCUGACAUUGUACAAUAUGACAUACCGAAAAACUCUUACAAACGAGCCAAUACGGACAUCAAUUACGAGAGCUCCGUAUUGGGUUCCGGUGGUAUUAUGUAUAUAAAUGGUAGAAUAGUUUCUGGACCCCUAGACUCACUGAUAGAAGUGCUAGUGCCAAAAAAUCGCAUAGAUUUCGAUAAGGAAUUUAUAUUCUCAUUUUUAUUAUCGUCACGUUUAUUUUUACGACCCCAUGAGCUGCUUGGCAAAUUAUUAUCCUCGGUACCUGAUAGCGAGUCGUUAGAAUCAUUAGUCGCAUUAUUGGCCGAGUGGACGCAAAAGUUCCCCUACGAUUAUCGCGACGAACGUAUGAUGGGCCAUGUUAAACAUAUCGUUGCCAGAUGUUCCAAUACAAAUCUAGAAGGUGUAGUUUCCGAAAUACUGAGUGCCUUGUUGAAACAAUUGACUGACUUGGAGAGACAUGAAGAAGAUCUACGCGCUUGUCAAAGUACAACUGAGAAGCCUGAACACAACAAAUUAGACUGCCCGACAUCUUCACAAUACGCACAAAUUCUCUGUCGGCUUGAGAAAAAGUUGGCAAAGCAAAUUGGCCCCGAAGAGUUUCUGCAAUGCAGCAGUAAUGUGCUGCUCGACAAACAGAAAAAGUGGGACCAACCGAGCACGUCCGGCGGUCCACCCGGUGUCCAGGAUCCGAAGAAAACGUGCAAUUUGGAAACCUACCUGGAUUGGUCGGCACGUCUGCGCCUCUUCGUAUGCAAUGAAAUAUUACAGUGUAUCGGCAUACGUGAUCGCAGUAAAACGGUGGAAUUGUGGAGUGGCGUCGCGCAGUACUGUCUGCUCGUGGGCAAUUACAAUAGUGCCACAGCAAUACUCGAGUCUCUGGAGUCGCCGCCCAUAGCGAGACUGAAAAUAACGUGGAGCAAAUUGCAAAUGACGUGUCAGCAAUUGGAUUGCAUGCAACGACAUGCUGAGGGACAUGGCGAUUUGUGGCACAAGCAAGCCAGCAUUCUGAACGAGAGUCAUCAAAAGACUGAUACAACUGCUGCCACUACCGCUGCUGCUGCUGCUGCGGUCUAUCGAGCAGCGAAUACAACAGCAGCAACAACAACAGACUGCGCACUGGACAGCUCGGCAACGGGCGCCACAAUAAAUGGCACAACGGUAAAGGCGCAAAUGCCGGCAACACCUACAACACUCAGCACGGAACUCGCCUGUGUGGUUGCUGACGCCGUUGAAGCAGCAGCUGGCACCUGUGUAGUUGGGCUGGGCCAGGCACUUGAGACCGCCGUAGGUGAUGGUGUGGCAAUGGGAGUUGCAACAGCCAACACUCUCUCUGCCACAAGCAGCUACAUAGGUGAGCUAACAGCAGCAGCAACAACAACAACAACACUGGUAGCACCGGAAAUGACAGCAAACGCUACAUGCAAUGGCAAAGGCAAUAACAGCAGCAACAAUAGCAGCAAUGAAAGUACGACAAGCAGUAAUAGCAGUCGUGCGGUGGGGGCGUGCAGAAAAAUAAUUAAAUCGACAACAGCAACAACAACAGCGGUAGAUGUAACGGUAACAACUGGUGCGACAGUGACGAAACCAAACGAUUGGGUUGUGAUUCCGGUAUUUGCGGAUAUUGUUAAAUUGGCAUUGGCCGGACGCGAGGAAUGCCUGCAGCGUUUGCCAAACGGUCACAUCAAUAUUAUGGCCUUCGAUCGCAUGGCGGCCAUUGUUGGCGCCUUCACCAAGCACAUGCAUGCCGUUAAGUCGCCAAACGAAGCACCACCUGGCGAGUAUAAGACCUUCUGCCAGCACAUGCAGCGCUCAUCGAAAUUGAGCGAAACGGAACUAAUGAUGGCCUCUUUCGAUUGCGAGGAACCCAACAAUGCGGAGAAACUCAUGUAUGAUCUCAACUAGAACAACUUGGCACGCACAAUAAACUGUUGUACAUAUAAGUGAAUAAUUUUUUUUUUUUUGAUUUAAGUAUGAUUUUUUACUAUACAUACAUAUGUUUAUAUAUAUAGUGAGGUUUCAGCCUCAGUCUUGUAGAGGCUGCACAAUGUAGGAGAAAAUGGCUGCAAGUUUCCACCACACCUUCUUCCGGACAAUGUCCGGCAAGAACUCUCACGAUUGAAUCAAGAGAACUUUGCUAAGAGCAAGCAGUUCAGGAGAUCUCUUACUAGGCUUGAAAGACCUCGCAGUCGCACAGCAGUUGGUCAUCGGCCAACGCCUUCUAAGCACAUGCGAGUUGACAACGGAGAUUUUACUCGUUCCCACUCCGAUGUGAGCGGGGUAUGAGUGUCUCCUCUUGGUAUCUCAUCAGCUUUUCAGUUUCCAGCUAUUUCGCAAUGACCAGUCACCUCCUGAUGAUGAAGUAGCAUGAUGUUAUUUCCAGUGAAAACGAACACUCCUUGACUAACUUUGAGUGCACAGUUUGUGAGGUCGAUAUUAAUAUCGGUCCGCUCUGCUGUCGGCGGAUGCUCGCCUCCCGGAGCAGUAAAUCUACUAUUACCUUAAUAGCAGCCUCUUUAGCCUGAAAAUCACUGCAGUAGUCCGGAUCUUGAGGGAUACCUUCUUAGAGAAAAACCAGAUAUAAUGUUAUUGAACGAUAGUUCAAAAUAGUUUUUCGACAUCUUUGAAGUGUCAGCUAAUUCGGUAAGGUUCAUGCCGAAAAAAAUAACUUUUCAAACUGUUUUGGUGGAGGUGCUAUAUAUCUCACGAAACAAAGGCGUAUAUUUAGGUAUAUUCAAUUCUAGCUGCUUGUUUUUAUGGAAAUUACUGGCAGUUGCCAGAACAGGAAAGUGAGAGGUUUUAUUAAAGGAAAUGAGAGAAGUGAACAGUUUGGUUUAUAGAUAGAAAAUGAAUGCUAAUCAGACUGCUCAUUCAUCUAAAUUUGAGAGGGAACAAAACUAAAAAUUUAAAACUGGAUAGCAACGGACAAUUGGAACAGUCGAGACAUUGUAUAUAGGCACAUAUGUAUAUGUAUAUAAAAAUCGCAUUUAUGUAUGUUAUAAAUUAAUUUGCAUUCACAAUAGAUAUUUUCAUCCGUAUACCAUGAUAGCAACGCGCAAAUUCAAUUAAAUCUUUAUCAAAUUCAGUGGCAUUGUGUUCACUCAACUGUUUGUAAAUUUGUAUAAAUUCAUUGUGAAACUCAAUUAGCUGCGAGUAAAUAAUGUUCAAAGAUAAGAAGAUACAAUGCUUGUAAAUUAAUAUUAAUAAUGUAUUUAGUACAAUAACGGUAUUUAUUUGUUGUUGUUUUGUGUGUGAUGAAAACGCAUGCAAACAUUUUGUCGCACAACAAACAUAGAAUUUAAGAUUUAAUAAAUACAACAACGCAUAAAUGUGUGUAUGUGCAUAUGCGAGAGUGAGAGAGUGAGAGAGAAUGAAAAUUUAAUGCAUUUUUCCACACGAGCAGUUUUUGUUUAUACAAUAUUUACUCAGUCGACUGUUUGCUACGACUUUUAUUUACGAUACGCAUUACACUUGCAAGUAAAUAUUUUAUUCACUCAAUAAAUAAAUGAUUUAUGGCGCUUGAUUUGUGUAGAGAUUUUUUAAUUGUCACUUAUUUACUCAAGCGUGCUUUAAUAUUAUAUAAUAUAUUUUAUCAAGCGCUAAUGUCUGCUGGUCUAACUGUAAAUACAAGUAUGUAUAAAUUGCAUGCAUACUUCUGCGUGACUUGGAUUAUAAGGGGACAUUAUUGUAUAUAAUUAAAUUCUUAAAUAAGGAAUUCAUAUAAAUAAGUAAAUACAAGGAAAAUAAUUAUGCUACAGACACAUAACAAAUUUGUAGAUAAAAUCGAUAGAAAGAAUUAGUAAUAUAGACAAAUUAUCGUAGAAAAUAUAAUUGAGGAAGUUUGAAGUAAAUUUAAUGAAAUUUUGUAUAUUGAAACUAAUGCUGAAUUAAUAUUUAUUUAAAAGAAAAUCAUU